AUGGAUUGCUUCACCGUUAGAAGAGCCCUUGAACUAGCGGUAGCCAAGAGGUUUAGCGUCAGGGUCUGGCAGAGCAUUUGCGACAGUAUUGCUGCUCGCUGUGUGAUCGGCCAUCAACCCGGUGCCGGUACGGAGUACGCCGCCCUGGAUCUCCGAAGAGCCGGCGUCGUCGAACGAAGCCGUAUCUAUGCUGCAGUCUUCGGGCAGCGCGAUUGGUUGCAUGUAGCAUGCGUAUUAUGCCUCAUCCCAUAUCCAGCAAUCUCUGAAUCUACGACUGCCGCUGCAUGGGCAUCUGCCGCGAUCCACAAGUCGCAGAAACAGGCUAGUGCCAUCAGUAAGAAGGAAGCUUAUGAUGUAAUUUGA